GAUUUUGUUGUCACUAUAAAUUCAGUGUCGCAUCUAUUAGCUCUGAAGUCUGUUCUGUUUCGCAGCUCCUGCAUAACUAUUUAAAUUCCUAAAAUAUUUUUUGCCAAUAUGUCGGACGACGGAUCUGAUGAAUUUCAAGACCUGGAAGUCUAUGAGCCCUAUGGAGAGGGCAGCCAAAACAAUAGUAACGAAUACACAGCCGUGGUGCCUCUGGAUACCUCUGAGGAUGCCCAGUUCUCCGAGCAGAUGUUUUCCACCAUUCAGGAGCGUCUAAACCGAAUCAUGAAACGCGUAAGCCUGGCCAACUCGGCCGUGGUUCAGAUGAAGAGAAAACUCCAGGCUCGGAUUCCAUCAGCAGCUGUAGUCGAAAAUGCCGACAAGUUGGCUGGAGGGGAUAAUCCAAUGAGAUUUGAUAACAUCGAACAAAGGGACGAAGCCACCAGCGAAUGAUUUCGGAACACUGUUAAAUUUCCAUGUUCAAAAAUUUUUAAAUUUUAUGUAAACUCUGGAAGCCCACUUCACAAAUCACAAACAGAUCGGAGACACAUUUAAAGUUAUUUGUUAAUAAAUGAUGUAUUUA